GCUCCCGCGCCGCCGCCGAGGCCGCGCCUGCGCAGCGCGAAGAGGGCGCCCCGAGUCCGCGCCUGCGCGUGGCUGCCGAGGGCCUGGGUGGCGGCCAUGGAGCCCGCGGCGCCGCCGGCCGAGCUGGUGUCCGCGGAGGGCCGGAACCGGAAGGCGGUGCUGUGCCAGCGCUGCGGCUCCCGCGUGCUGCAGGCGGGCGCGGCGCUCUUCUCCCGCCGGCAGCUCUUCCUCCCCUCCAUGAGGAAAAAGCCGGCGCUGGCCGAGGGCCGCAGUCCUGACGGCGACCUCCUGCAGGAGCACUGGCUGGUGGAGGACAUGUUCACCUUCGAGAAUGUGGGCUUCACCAAGGACGUGGGCAACAUCAAGUUCCUGGUCUGCGCAGACUGUGAGAUCGGCCCCAUCGGCUGGCACUGCCUGGACGACAAGAACAGUUUCUAUGUGGCCUUGGAACGGGUUUCCCAUGAGUGACUGAGGGGAGGGGGCUCAGCUCCACCCCCACUGUAAAGGCCACUCCCCAUGAGGACAACCAUGUCGCCUCCUCCGCACGGAGGUCAGCCCGCCCCGUCCAGCGCGUCCACGCGCUUCCUCGCGGCCUCGGUGCUUGCCUCCUGCUUAGUGCACCGCGCAGCACAGCACUUCCUCAACUCACUUUUCCCCCGGCUGUAGGAUGCGGGGUGCUUCCACAGAUCCCCGCCCGGCCUCCAGCUCUCCUGUACCCCAGGGGCUCCCUGCUUCUUUCCCUCAGAGUGGUUAUGCAGCCUUUUAGCCACAGUGACACAUGACAGAUGGUGCUGAUGGUGGUGCUGAUGGUGGAAACCCUCCUUCAGGAAAGCGCACAGGCCUCUGAGAGCGACUUUGUCGUGUGGCUAACUUUAUCUACAGGAAUUUAUUCUUUCUGAAAGUAACGCAUUUCCAAACUGCAGUAUUUAAACCACUAAUCAGAAAUACAUUACUUUGGACACACCUCUAAGAGCAUGUUUGGGGACCUCUCGUCUAGGCUGACAGUGACUUUAUUACGAAGGUGGGUGUGGCCCCUCUUCCCUUCACAUCUUGCUAUGGUUUCCCUUUGUAUCAGCUCCUCACUGCUAUAGCCUGUAAGCUGAAAAUCACAUUUUCAACCCCAUCUGUCCGCCACCUCAGGAAGAACUCAGCCCUGGCUGUGUUCCCAGGAUCUCCUGGAGUCGGUGGAGAGUGUGGGAUGUAGGGGGAUGGGCCUCUGCCACACCAUACAUGAGUUUGUUGGUUUGUCUUACCUGGACUCAUAACUCUUCCUUUGCUCCUAGGAAAGCCUUCUUUAACGGAUGGCGUCAUUACUGCAUGUACUGGGCAUGGUCCUCACAGAUUUCUGGUUCGGUUGGAAUCUCUAGACUAACCCAGAAUACAAACUUUCCAUCCAGAUGCCUCUCUUUGUAGCUAUGGGUUUGCUCUGACAGUUUGAUGUUCAGUACACGUCUCGGUUCUGUCAUUUCUCUACUGAAAGGACUCACCAUCUCAGAAGGAAUCUGUGAAACCAGGUUCCAGGUAUCCUCCCGUCUUCCUUGCCUGUAAGGCUCAGGAGACCUAGAAGGGAAAUGAGGAUUAAAUAGAGACCUUACAAACAUUCCUUCCCACCUGUUCUCCGGUUGCUUCUUCCCUCCUUCCCCCCAGAACUUACUCUGAGGGCCCCCAACUGAAGUGCGGGCCUUGGGCACAGUUUUGCAACCAACCUCCUCCCCUAGAAAGGUGGCUUCCGUCCCCAGCCAUAGCCUCACAAGCUCUGGUAGAAGAUGAGAGAACUGUUGUCCAGCUGGAUGGUCAGGUGUUCGUGAUUGUGGCAUUCGCAGAGAAACUGUGAGAAUAUCCGCUCAGGGCAGAAGGCACAGAACCAUACAGAUGCCUCUGGGGACACACGGCCCUCAUAUCACGAGGCAAAACCUGGGCAAAGCAUUUUCUACAUUAGGCUUUUACUUUCCUUUUUAAGUCACAGAAAUAGUACAUUCAUUGCAGAUAAAUACAGAAGGGGGUAUAAAAUUGUUUUUAAUCAUUCGUAUUUCAACCAUCCGGAGAUUGCUGGUGGUUAUGUGGUGUAUGUUCUCAGUGUUUUCCUGUAUGUACUGUAUAAAUAAACAUGGAGGGGUUUUUAAAACACGAGGUCAUAGCGCAGCCUCACCUUCUUUUUCCAGGUAACAAAGUGCUGACCUCCCAUGUCGGUAGACGUCCAUCUCUGCCCACCGUCGUGUUCCGUAUGCCGUUGUGUUUCAGUACUGUUGUUUAUUUAAACAAUGCACUAUUAGGUUAUCUCCAGCUUCUCAUAAACCAUGUGCUAGAAGGUGCAGCCUCGUAGCUGCCUCUGUCCACGCCUGUGUGGUAUCCCCCGGCAGUGUCACCAGCAGAGGGCUUGCCGCGCGUGUGCGUCUCCACGGCUCUGCUCGCUGACGGGCACGCCUCGGCACAGUGGUGUGGCUUCACGCAGCAGUUCCCAACGGUGGGUGUUUUUUAUCGUAAAUGAAUAUGUUGCUCCUUAAAUAGGAGAAAAACGAGUGUCUUGUUUUAAUUUGCAUUUAUUUUAUUUCCAAUGAAUUUUUUAUAUACGUA